GAGGCACGAGCAGAGCGGGCGAGAGCGGCAUGGAGCUGCGCGGGGGGGCGGCGACGGGCGCGAGGACCGAGAAGAGGAAAAAAAAGCGCAAAAAGGACAAGAAGCGGAAACCGGUGCCACGGACCCCGACCCCCCCUGAGGACGCAUCACCGGAGCCCCCCCACCCCCUGCCCCUGCUCUCUGAGGGGUUGCUGGGCUUGGAUGAAGGGGAGCAGGAGGACCCCCGUGAUUACUGCAAAGGUGGGUAUUACCCCGUGCGCAUCGGGGACCUCUUCAAUGGGCGCUACCACGUGGUACGGAAGUUGGGGUGGGGGCACUUCUCCACCGUGUGGCUCUGCUGGGACGUCCGGCGCAAGCGGUUCGUGGCACUGAAGGUGGUGAAGAGCGCGCCACAGUACACGGAGACGGCGCUGGAUGAGAUCAAGCUGCUCAAAUGUGUCCGUGACUCGGACCCCAGUGACCCGAAGAGGGAGAACAUUGUGCAGCUCAUCGAUGACUUCAAGAUCUCGGGGGUCAACGGUGUCCACGUGUGCAUGGUGCUGGAGGUCCUGGGCCACCAGCUCCUGCGCUGGAUCAUCAAAUCCAACUACCAGGGGCUGCCCCUGCCCUGCGUCAAGAGCAUUGUGAGGCAGGUGCUGGAGGGCUUGGACUAUCUCCACACCAAGUGCAACAUCAUCCACACCGACAUCAAGCCUGAGAAUGUGCUGCUGCGAGUGGGGGAGCCCUUCGUGAGGCAGCUGGCGGCCGAGGCGGCGCGAUGGGCCCGUGGGGGGGAGGCUCCCCAAAGCGCAGUGAGCUCCGCACCACAGGAUGGACCCGAGCGCCUCUCCCGGGCCCAGCGGCGCCGGCGGCGGCGGCAGCGGCGGCGGCAGGGCCAGCGCCUGGCCCAGUGCCUGCAGGACCUGGAGCGGCUGCGGGAGCCGGGAGCGUCGCCAGGGGGCGGCGGUGAGAGCGAAGCUGCAGCCCCGGACCACGAGGAGGGGGGGGGCAGCCCCCCCAGCGGCGCCUCCUCCUCAGGGGUUCACACGCUCCCGGCCGGCGGCUCCAGCGACGGCCUCUCGGGGGGCUCCUGCACCUCGGGGGGGCCCCUGGCCCGGCGCCCCCCCAGCCCCAGCUCUGCUUCCGACUCCCUCCUCACCCCCACAUCCAGCUCCCUCAUCUCGGGGGGCUCGGGGGGGCCCCCCGCCCCCCUUGGUGGGGGGCUCCUGGGGGGGCAGGAGAACCCCCUGGACCCCCGCUGCGCCCCCCGGCUGCGCAUCAAGAUUGCUGACCUGGGCAACGGCUGCUGGGUGCACCGCCACUUCACCGAGGACAUCCAGACGCGGCAGUACCGGGCGCUGGAGGUGCUACUGGGGGCCGGCUAUGGGCCCCCCGCUGACAUCUGGAGCACCGCCUGCAUGGCCUUCGAGCUGGCCACAGGGGACUACCUGUUCGAGCCCCAUUCAGGGGAGGACUACAGCAGGGACGAGGACCACAUUGCCCACGUGAUCGAGCUGCUGGGGGAGAUCCCGCGUCACGUGGCGCUGGGGGGGCGCUUCUCCCGCGAGUUCUUCAACCGGCGCGCGGAGCCGUGCCCGGAGCCCACGAUCGUGCCCUCGUACUACACCACCUCGGACGCCGUCAUCUCUUCCGAGAGCGUCUUCGUGGUGGAGAUCUCUUUGGCCUGCAAGAACGGCGCCCAGAACGUGGCUCUCUACGCCGAUGUCAACGGGAAGCAGUUCCCCGUCACCCGCGGGCAGGAUGUGGGGCGCUACCAGGUGUCGUGGAGCCUGGAGCACCGCAGCGCCCAGUCGGGCACCUACGAGGUGAAGUUCUUCGAUGAGGAGUCCUACAGCGCCCUGCGGAAGGCUCAGCGCAACAACGAGGAUGUGUCCCGAGUGCGGCCCCUCUUCACUGUCAAUGUGGACCAUAGGGGUGCAUGGAACGGUCCCUGGGUGUCAACCGAGGUGGUGGCGGCCACCAUCGGCCUCCUGGUUUAUUACCUGGCUUUCAGCACCAAGAGCAGCAUCCAGGCAUAGCCCCUCCCUCAGUGCCCCCCCGCGGGGGUCCCACAUGUCCUGGUGAGAAUGGGGUGUCCCU